UCAGCAGUGGUGCUCGACACGGGUUUAAAGUUUCGGGACAUGCAACGACAUGGCUUCGCAGUUUUGCAUCCUUCUGCCAUUGUUGCUAGCCCAGGUCGGGCUUGGUCAAUGGUUGCCACCAGCUGUUGGAGGUACGCAGCUUAAAAAGGUUGCACAGUGGUCGGCAGUCGAUUUUAGUUUCCCGUCGGCAAAGGACCGUGAUGAGGCAAUUGCGAGCGGCCGCUACACCCCAGAAAACUGUAUACCACUAGACAUGGAUGUGGAUUAUGGAAAUGCAGCCAAGUCUCGUCUGUUCAUCACUAUCCCUCGGUUCCAAACCGGGAUUCCGUACACGCUGGGGCGUGUUUCCGGCACUCAGGGACCAUCUGGCCCACUGGUGGAACCAUAUCCAAACGCCGCUAUCCAGGAUAGGCCGGAGAGUAAAAAUUGCAACGGAAUCGUGUCCGUUUUUCGGAUAAAGAUCGAUGAAUGUAACCGCAUGUGGGUACUGGACACCGGUAGGGUUGGCGAAACACGGAUGUGCCCGCCGAAGUUGCUGGUUUUUGAUAUGAAAACUGAUCAAAUUAUACAUCGAUACGAGAUACCAGCCGAGCAACUCGUGUGUGACUUGUCGCUGUUGGUCAAUCUGCUUGUUGAUGUACAGGAUCCAUCGCCACUCGGCUCGUGCCAAGACACGAAAGUGUACAUGGCCGACGUUACCGCGCCUGGUAUGAUCGUCUACGAUAUGGCCCGGCGUAAAUCGUGGCGUAUCACGAACAAACAAAUGCAUCCGAACCCAGACUACGGUACCUUCACCAUCGCUGGCGAAAGCUUUGAUUUGAUGGAUGGCAUUGUCGCGAUGGCCAUGUCACCGCGCAUUCCGACCGAUAAUGUGGUGUUUUCAACGUACGGUAGAAGCUGGCGUCCGGUGAGCGAUCGGCUGCUGUACUUCCACGCGUUGGCCUCUAUGACGGAAAAUGCGGUGCGCACAUCGGUGCUAAAUAACGACACCGUGUGGGAGGACAACGUCGAAGCGGAACAACGUGCCUUCCGCCCAAUUGGGAACCGUUAUUCGCAAUCCGUUGCCGAGGCAAUGGAUAGCAAUGGGAAUCUGAUUUUCGGGCUCGUGGGACAGAAUGCGAUCGCGUGCUGGGACUCUACCACGCCGUACACUCCGGCCAACAUGCGCAUCUUGUCGCAAAACAGCGAAACAUUACAGUUUCCCAGCGGGCUGAAGGUGAUACGCAAUCGGAAAGGGGUCGAGGAGCUGUGGGUGCUCACCUGCCGUUUUCAGAAGGUAAUGACGGGUUCGUUGAACACCAAUGAAACCAAUUUCAGAAUUCAGGCCAUACAGAUGCCAGAAAUACUAGGACGUAAAACAUCGUGUAAACUGUAGAGUGGUGUGGUUUGAAGGAACUGAACUUUUAGUGCAAAAUAAAUCAUUUGU